AGACCCUGUGUGGCUGUGAGAGCCACGGUCCCGGAGCAAGGCGGAAGUGUGGGGCUCGCCAGCCGAGGGCCCAGGCGGAGAACGGAGGUCGCGAUGAGUGGGCUCCACCGACUCUUCGGGAGGGGAAAGAAGGACAAGGGACCAACUCCUGAGGAAGCAAUACAGAGACUGAAGGAGACAGAGAAGAUAUUGAUCAAGAAACAGGAGUUUCUGGAGCAGAAGAUUCAACAGGAGCUACAGACAGCCAAGAAGCAUGGGACCAAGAAUAAGAGAGCUGCCCUGCAGGCUUUGCGGAGCAAGAAAAGACUGGAACAACAGUUGGCACAAACCGAUGGGACGCUAUCCACCCUGGAGUUUCAGCGUGAGGCCAUUGAGAAUGCCACCACCAAUACAGAAGUGCUGCGUACCAUGGAGCUUGCAGCCCAAGGCAUGAAGAAAGCCUACCAAGACAUGGACACUGACAAGGUGGAGGAACUGAUGGCCGAUAUCACAGAACAACAGGAUGUGGCCCAGCAGAUCUCAGAUGCUAUUUCUCGGCCUCUGGGUUUUGGCGAUGACAUUGAUGAGGAUGAGUUGUUGGAAGAGCUGGAGGAGCUGGAGCAGGAGGAAUUGGCCCAGGAGUUGUUAAGCGUGGGUGACAAGGAAGAAGAACCCCCUGUCCAGUUGCCCAGUGUUCCAUCUACACAUUUGCCUACAGAGCCAGGUACCCAGGGCUUUUUAUUCAUUGUUGUCCUGAGACACUGUCUGAUCGCUAAUCUCCAAGUGAUUCUCUGCCACAAAUGUACUACCUUCAUCCUCUGA